UGUUCAUGCAGCUCAAAAACACUUCAUUAAUGGCUUUUCCCUCAUCUGCUAACCAAGACGUAACUAAAAAAAUUCUGGAGGAUAUCCAGAUGAAAAAGCAACUACUACAAAAAGGAGUAAAUUCGCACACUCCCAGUUUUGGCAGCCUUUAUACAUCUUCCCCUGGAUUUGGCAGUCUUUAUACGCCUUCAUCGCUAUUUCAGCUACCAAAAUACGCAUCAAACACCGGCCAGUCCAACGAAACCAAUCAAAGCAUCUCGAAGGGAGUUUGGAGUCAAGCCAUAAAUCAAUCGUUUGGGUUUUUCGUGCCUCAGGAUUCAUUAUUCGGUAACAAUAUUCUGCCGGUUCUGCCUCGAUACGACAACCCGUCGAUUCAUUACACCAGUGUACCCAAAUUCUGA